UUCAACUAGCCAUCCACGUUCUCGAAGACAGUGAACAUGAAAGAUGCGAAGAAAGACGGUCAUAAGAACCAACCCAACAGCGUCUCGCCACAGAAAGGAUUGGCAGGAACCAAUGAGAAGAACAAGCCUUCGAAGACAACCGCGUACAGAGGCACGAAAGAUCAUCGAGGUCAUCUACCAUCUACAAAGUCUUCAAAGGUCACCUCACCAGCAACGAGUGGACAAGCAGGAAACGAACCAUGCCACAACCCACAUCCAGUCACCAAGGCCAAGGACCACAAACACGGCGGAGUCCAAUCGUCAUCUACAAAGUCACCAGGAACCACCACUCCGGCACACAACGGUAAACCACGAGAGCACCACCGCAGUCCACUUCCGACCAACGCUGCCAAUGACCCUAUGCUUCAAGUCAAGCCACCAUCAAGCCCAACAAGGCUCACGUCGCAGGAGAGCAAAGGCCCUCACGGACCGGCAAUUUCUCCUGGGCACCACGCGGUCGGAAGUAACUCUCAAGAUCUGAAAUCGAACGCUGCAGUGGAGAAGCCCAGAGGCCACACGCGAUUUAUCUCGAACGACGAAGAGCGACCCCCAAAGCUGAAGACCGACACCGAACGCGUUCCUGUCGUGCCCGAGAUCGAUGAACAGAAGCCUAAAACAUCAGUGCCAAUUUCUGCUAAUCAGGAAAAAGGAGUGGAUGAAAAUGAAAACAGAAAGACACCUGGAAAAAGGAUAUUCGGUAUGAUCACGAGUUUCAAACGUCCGGAGGGUGCAGGGUUUAGGACGUUCCGUGCGAAGGAGGAAAACGAGCAUCGCUACGAAGACAUAGACCAGGCUAUUGAAAGGCUAGAGCCGAAACAUGGCACAAAAAUGUUUGCAGAAGAUGUAGAAGUAGAAAUGGAGCUAUCGCCAAACGCCAACGUUACAAAGCGCUCUAAGCGUUCCAAGAAGCGGCACGACGACGGGGCAUUGUCACCGGGUGCCACUUCAUUGGACGGAACAAGUAGGGUGACGCCUGUCACAUCUCCCACGGGUUUCAGCAGCCCGAGGUCCGGCACAACAUCGGCAGCCACAAAGAAAAGCAAGCGACCUCAAAGGCAGUUCACAGUAACUGGAGCGUUUGUGAAGUUGUGGAAGAGAAUGACAUACUUCGGACACAAAGGAGAUGGUGUAAGCCAAGUGGAAGAGUUUACCCCAGGGGAAGUCGCAUCAUUUGUCGGCGUGUUCCUCAUCCUCAUCGUCAUUCUACUGCUACUCUAUUAUUACUAUCAAAAGAGAACGUCGAAACUCGAACGUCUCCAACUGGACUGCACUUCGUCAGAAUGCCAAAAAAUUCGAAAGAGCUUGACGUCGAUGCUCAACGUCGACGCUGACCCAUGCACCGACUACUACAGUUACGUAUGUGACAACUGGCUUCAGAACCACAGUAAUGUCAGUUUCAUCGAACACACUGUACAACUAUACCAUCGCAACAUCAACGCCACACUUUUCGGCAGCAAACCAGAACCGACAGACAAGCAAGGCAUGCACCUCUUCAGCAGACUCUACAGGACAUGCUACGAAUACUUGGUCGACAGCGAUCUGACUCUCGAGACUAUUGUGUCUAUCACUAGCCAAGAACUCGGGAUAUCGCAAGUUCUUAAAGCGAGUACCUUCGCAGAAAUCUUAACAUAUUUGGUCAAUGCAUCAGUUACAAGAGGAUUUUCUUCACUGUUCAGUUUAAACUUUAUAUACAAGGACAAAAAGCCGUACCUCUAUCUUCAAUCAACGGCAUCUAUUCAGGAUCGCAUUGAGGAAACGAUACGAGGCGCUGUUCCACAAGAACGGAACUACUCUUUCAGCUCUCAGUUUGAAGGUUACGUGAGAGAUGUGGUGAAGGCAAUUUACCACGAAAAUGAUGCAGAGAGACACGUCGGCCAAGUUGUCAAGUGGGACCGGGCCUUCGACAUCCUUCUCAAGAAACCUUCAACGGAGGUUUACAAAAGUUUGGACGCCUUAAGCGAUGUCUUCGCCCCUAUCAGCAUGAAUCAAGUAGUGGAUCUAGUGAACAGAAUGACUCCGCCCAGACUGGCAUUAAACGCAGCCAAAGACCUCAUCUUAGUACGUGGAUUCCAAGCCAUUGUCGAUAUGAUCGCCACCAUAAGCAACGAAACGCUCUUGUCUAGAGGCAUCUACUUUGCAGUCCAUUUGAUUACGAACGUUCUUCGUUUCUUCUACCUGCAACAACAUCUCAUCAACGCCUCGCCUGACGUUCUAGUCACAACCUGCUUACGAAUCACUCAAAAGGCUUUGUUGCACACCUGGCCCUAUCUGAUAUCGCGAAAACUUAAUUACGCCGACAGAGCAUCGGCAGCUCUGAUGCUUGCACAGUCUAUCAAACUGGCAGUGAAGCAAGGAGAAGCGAGCAAAUGGAUGACUGCUGACAGCACAGACUUCAUCACGUCUGAACUGGAUACACUGAAUAUCGUAACGUACCACAGCUCCAUGCUGGAUCAUAUGCAAAGCACAUAUGACCAGCUUCCGGUCGGAGACAAUGUCUUCCUGGUCACCUACUUCGCCAUCAAGCGCUUUGAGACAAAAGUGCUGUUGAAUUGGCUGCCAACAGACGCCGACAGCGUCAUUGCUGAACAUCAGGUCAUGUCCAACCUACAAGGGGUUCGCUUUAAAGACAAGCUUUGGCUCUUCAUUUCUACAGCGUACCAGAGCGCUCCAUUGUUCCAGUUUAAUGCGCAGGCGAAUGUACUUCCAUUUUAUAUGAACCAUCCAACUGUUGGGGUGCUCGUGGCCAAGGAAUUGGUACGCUCCAUCACGCUUUCCAGGAACUGGGACCACAAAACGAGCCAGGCAGUCCAGAAAUACAUGGAUUGCUUGGCGUCCAUACAAAGUUCGCUAGGAAUCCAGCCUGAAGACCAAGUUACCUGGCAGAAAGAGGCGUUUGCAUGGUCAUACGGGUCCCGCUUGUCAUACCGCGCCAUGCGAGAAAUAUUUCACGACUAUUCUAAACUCGAUUCUUCCCUAUUUCAUGCUGCACAAGAGUUGUUCUUCAUCUUGUCAUGUCUCAUUUCUUGUUCGCCACGCGAUUCAGGACCAGCGUUCUUGUCCAAGGAGCAGUGCAUCAUUCCUCUUCUGAGCAAUGUUGACUUUUUGCAAUACUAUAAGUGCACAAAUAUUACGCGUUUAACGUGUAUUUCUUCGCUCUACUCUAGUUAAGUUGCGGAAUGACCUCCAGUUCACGACCACUGGUUCAUACAAAUGUAUCGCAAUAUUCACUUUGAUAUCUUCAUUUGACUUGAA